UAAAUGUUUGCAGUUAGGAUUAAAAGGCUGUUUUAUUUCAGAUAUUCAAGAUACUUUUAAAGUAAAACAAGACAUUGACCAGCAUAAUAUUGUAACCAGUUCCACCAGUACCAGUAGUAACCCAGUCCUUCAUAUGAAUGAAGAUUUUUUGCGUGACCAUAUCAGUAGUGGAAUCCAAUGAAAACUUUGGAGAACUUGAUAUUCAUGGGAAUAGUAACUUCUUCCUUGAAGCUAUGUAACAGAAUUAUUGGUUCAUGAGAUGAUUAGAACAAGUGUUAAUUUUCUCAUACAUUUCAAUUAUUUACAGAAGUUAUGACAGUAUUUGUUUACAGAAAAGCUAUUUUUGUUUUUACAGAAAAGCUAUUUUUGUACAUUGGGUUAUGGACUAAUGUAUGCCUUUACAGACGCUUAGGGGACACAAAUUAUGAAUAAAUAAAUAAUGUUCUCGUUAUCUUGAAGUAGUUUAAAAGACAUGUAUUAUGGAAGUGUUACCAAAUGCUUUUGAUGGCAGCGCAAGCCAACUUCUGUUGUUAACUUUUGAUAAAACAAAGGAUCAUACGACCAAAGUGCGCACAAAGAAAUUGAACUUUCGAUGUGAUAUAUGUCAAAAACCAUUUUCUAAGAAUGCUUACUUGGCAAGGCAUAUGGUAACACAUACUGGAGAAAAGAAUUUUGAGUGUCAUAUCUGUGGUAAGAAAUUUUCCCAAAAUCCCCACUUAAGAACCCACAUGAAAAUACAUACUAGUGAAAAAAGCUGGAUUUGCAGUGUUUGUGGAAAAGGUUUCUUUCAAAAGUCAAAUUUAACCACUCACAUGGUAACACACACAGGAGAGCGCAAUCACAGGUGUGAAGUAUGUGGGAAAGGCUUUUCUCAAAAGACAAAUCUAAACACUCACAUGGUUUCUCACACGGGUGGCUAUGAAUUUAUAUGUGAUUAUUGUGAAAAAGGAUUUUCCCGUUUUUCACAUCUAAAAAGACAUUUGAUAUCUCACACAGGAGAAAAGAAUUUUCGGUGUGACCUUUGUGGUAAAAAUUACACUAUGAAUUCAUCUUUGGAGAGGCACAAACUCACAUUACACAAUAAUGAGUGGGUGGAAAAUCAGCGAAAAAGAAAAGCUGCUCGUAAACCAAUGAAGUGUAAAGGUAGUAAGGAAAAUGACCUGAAUGACUUAUUAUUAAAAAGAGUUGAAAAUGUACAAGAAUCAACACACAAUUCUUUGAGUAUUACCAUUAAAACAGAAGCAGAAACAUUUGUGAUUGAGACUGAUCCCUCUUUGUUUCAUGAUGAUGAUGAUGAUAUCAGUAACCUAGAUAUAGAACAUAAUGAUCAUGAAAACUUACAUAUAAAGACAGAGACUGAUGAAGAGCAAAUUAUUGCAAAUGUAUGCUCUAACGGAGAGUCUUGUGAACAGAGGAUUAGCAAAAAUGGUGGCAGUGAGAAAGAGUGUGGUGUGGAUCACAUCAAUGAAAGUAUCCAUAAAAGAAGAGUAUUUUGAAAAACAGUGUCACUAUUAUAUAUUUCAUAUAUUUAAACAAGAAUAAUCUGACUGGAGUGGAAAUUUUGACAAGAGCUGUUGAAAUGAGACUAGACAGUGAUGUAAACUAAAGACACUGAUGUACUAUGAUAAUUCUUAGGGCUUUACAAGAUUGUAAUUCAUGAACAGAUGGUUGUUGAGAAUGGUUGUAUACUAAAUUACCCUGUCAGAUGCUGUGAUUAUAAUGUUCUCUAUGAUUUCACAUUGCCCGCUUGCUACACAAUUAGGUAAUGUUUACAAUAAUAUAACAGUCAACAUAGUAGAAUUUGAUUUAGGUGCUGUUAGCUUUGAUUACUCUAGAAUGAGUGAGACAUAGUAUGGCAGUUGUAAGCAUUUGAUGUAGCUUGAUACUAGUGAUACAGUAGGAAAGGGAAAGCUCUUCAAAAGUAUUAGUUCAUAAAAUUACUGUACAAUUCUUGAUUCAGACAUAAAGAUUUUGAACUUAACUGUUUACUAUAUUGACAAUCAAAAGUACCGUUGUUAACUACCUAUUCAGUACACCAACUCAAUCAUCUAGUUUUUCAGGAUCAAUGUACUAAUACUUUUCCACGACUGUACCAUAUCUAAAAGAAUUAUAUGUUUUAUAAAAGUUUAAAUUUCUUUAGUUUUUGUUGGUCUGAUGUAGGAUUAUUUAAAAUCUUAUUCAUAUGAAAUGAGUAAAUUUGAGGUGUACUGAUAGUCCUCAGUUGUUGAAUUGAUAUUUAUUUCAUCACAAUGCCAUUACUUUUCAGUACCCUUUUUGUAUGUCAGACGUUAGAGGAGAAGUAUGUCAGACACUAGAAAGGAAGAAGAUAUAUACCAGUUCCACCUGGGAGUCUAUUUAUCGAGAUUCCACUGGCCUUGAGGUGGGAGACUGAGUCGCUGUGCACUUGUCAUUUUUUAAAGAGCUAGUAAA